CUUGUUCUUUCAUAGAUAUUCUUUUCUUUCGUCUACUGUUGAAUAGUUGAUUAUCCAUUAUGUCUGAAAACCCUUAUCAUAACCAAGCGGUUCAAUCUCAAAAUGAACCUCAAGGUCAAAGUCAAACCCCAAAUCAACUCCAAACUCCAAAUAAUGAACCUCAUAUUCAAUUAGAUACUUCAAAUGAACCAAGUCCUGCUUUAAGCAAGAAAAAGUCUUCUGAUAAAAACGUUAAUGUAACUGAAAAAUCAAUUAAAAGUAGUGAACUUCAUGAUAAAUUGGGUGAUGCCCAUAUGAAUAUCCUACCUAAAAAGAAAUUAAUCAUUUGCUUAUCUGCAUUAGCCUUAAGUAUGGUUAUCUCUUUUGCUGAUCAACAAGGUAUUACUGUUGCAAUGUCUGAAAUUGGUAAAGAUUUAAAUGCUGAAACAACAAUUAAUUGGGCUGGUACCGCUUCGUUGUUAGCUAAUACUGUUUGUCAAGUUCUUUUCGGUAGAAUGUCUGAUAUUUUUGGUCGUAAACAAGUUCUUUUAUCUUGUUUAGCUAUUUUAGUCAUUUCUGAUGUUGCUUGUGGUGUUGCUCGUACUGGUAUUCAAUUCUUCAUCUUUAGAGCUGGUGCUGGUAUAGGUAAUGGUGGUAUUUCUUCUUUAGGUAUGGUUAUUUUAUCCGAUAUUGUUUCUUUAAAAGAAAGAGGUAAAUAUCAAGGUAUUUUGGGUGCUUCUGUAGGUGUUGGUAAUACAGUUGGUCCUCUUAUUUUUGCUGCAUUCAUUAAGAGAGGUAGUUGGAGAUACUUCUAUUACUGGUUGGCUCCUUUUGGUUGUCUUGUUGGUUUUAUCAUGUACAUGUUAAUUGAAGAUCGUCAAAAAGAACUUAGAAGUAUUUUAUCUCGUAAAGAAAAAUUUAAGAAAAUUGACUAUUUUGGUACCUUAUUAUCAACUUCCUCCAUUACUUUAUUGAUGGUUGCCGUUAGUGGUGGUGGUUCAAGUUACCCAUGGGGAAGUGCUCUUAUUAUAACUUUAUUCGUUGUUGGUGGUUUCUUAUUCAUUUGCUUCCUUUUAUGUGAAUGGAAAAUUCCUCAAUUACCAAUGGUUCCUUUAAGAUUAUUCAAAAGUCCUUCCUUAUGUUGCCUUUUAUUUUCAAACUUCUUCUUUGGUAUGUCUUACUUCUCCUUCAUGUACUAUUUGCCAUAUUACUUCCAAAUUAUUAAACUGAAAGAUGAACUUCAUACUGCAAUCUUUGUUAUUCCUUUGGUUAUGGCACAAGCUGUUAUGUCAAUUGUAUCUGGUCAAAUCAUUACCAGAACAGGUCAUUAUAUUUAUGUUGUUUAUGUCGGUUAUGGCCUUUGGUUAUUAGCUUGUGGAUUGAUGCUUAUUUGGAACAGAGGAACCAAUGAUGGUGUAAAUGUUGUGAUCUUAUUGAUUAUGGGUACUGGUGUUGGUUUUACUUUCCAACCAACUAUGGUUGCAUGUCAAGCUCAAUCCAAGAAAGCAGAUAGAGCUGUGGUUAUUUCCACUAGAAAUGUUUUGAGAUCAUUUGGUGGUGCUGUUGGUAUUGCAGUUGCUUCAACCACUGUUAGUAACACCUUAUUGAACAAAGUUAAAGAAAUGGAAAGUCAUAACCCGACUGAUAUCCCAACUCAUUACUUAAAUUAUUUGAAAAACCACAUUUAUGAUAAAAUUCAAAUCGAUGGUUUGAAUGAUAAGCAAAUCACUGCGGUCAGAGGAAUGUACCUUGCAUCGUUGAGAAACUAUUACUAUUUGUUAAUUCCAUUCAUGGCUAUUUGUUUGAUUUCUUCAUUCUUUGUUAGAGACAGAGGUUUGCAAUGUAUUGAUGAACUGCCAGAACCAAAGAAACAAGAUCUUGAAUCAUGUGCUACUUCCAUCACUAUGACCAAUAAGAAUAGCGGUGAACACGAAUUGUCAAAGGAUGAUCAGUUUGAAAGGAGAAGCUUCGAUGACAAGACUGUUGGAGAAAAAUCGAGAAAAGAAAGUGUAUAAUCAAAUAUUCCAAGAUUUUUUAAUGACUCAAUUUUAUCAUAUCAAUCAAUGCUUAAUAAUUCAUAUUUCUAAUUCAUUCAUUUUUUGCAUCCGUUCGUUUAUAUAUUUUUUUAUUAAUUUAUUUCUAAAUCUUUUUCCCACAAGGCUGGGUUCAUAGAGUUUCAACUUAUUUAUGUUAA